AUGUCGAGGACCUGUUCGCAUCUCUGGGGGCUGUCGGACGUGGAGGAAAAGAUGGGCUUGAGGCAAUCUCUGCAAGGAGCAGAUGUGCCACAGGCCCGCACCAUUUACCUCAAUGAACCCCUUAGGAACACUUUCUGUGAAAACUCCAUCAGCACAGCCAAGUACAGCAUGUGGUCAUUUCUCCCUCGAUAUUUGUAUCUGCAGUUUAGCAAAACUGCCAACGCCUUCUUCCUGUUCAUCACUAUAUUGCAGCAAAUUCCAGAUGUAUCUCCGACGGGAAAAUAUACAACUCUGGUGCCUCUGCUAGUUAUUCUUGUAAUUUCAGGCAUUAAAGAGAUUGUAGAAGAUUAUAAACGACAUAUGGCAGACAAAUUAGUUAACUCAAAGAACGCAAUAGUGUUAAGACAGAAUGCAUGGCAAAUGAUUCUGUGGAAAGAGGUUAAUGUGGGUGACAUUGUGAAGGCUACCAAUGGGCAGUUCCUUCCUGCAGACAUGGUCCUGAUUUCUUCCAGUGAACCUCAGGCAAUGUGUUUUGUUGCAACAUCUAAUCUGGAUGGAGAGACAAAUCUAAAAAUACGGCAGGCUUUGUCAGAAACAGCUGCCAUGAAAACAGAAAAGCAAUUGUCAAGCCUAUCUGGAAAAAUAAAAUGUGAAGGGCCUAAUUUUCAUUUCAACAGUUUUGUGGGAACCUUGUACCUAAAUAGUAAAAGCCCUAUUUCAAUUGGGCCUGACCAGGUCUUGCUGAGAGGUACACAGCUUAAAAAUACUGAGUGGAUCCUGGGCAUAGUUGUUUACACUGGAUUUGAAACUAAAUUCAUGCAGAAUGCGGUCAAGUCACCCCUCAAGAGAUCCAAGGUGGAGAAGGUGACCAACGUGCAGAUACUGGUGUUGUUCCUGCUGCUCUUGGUCAUGUCCUUGGUGAGCUGUGUGGGAGCCAUAUUCUGGAGAGACAGGUACCGAGCAGAGCCCUGGUACAUCGGGAAGAAAGAUUAUGACUAUCACAGCUUUGGGUUUGACCUUUUGGUAUUCAUCAUCUUGUACCACAAUCUCAUCCCCAUUAGUCUGCUGGUCACUCUGGAAAUUGUGAAAUACAUCCAGGCCCUGUUUAUAAACUGGGAUGAAGAUAUGCAUUUUAAGGGAAGUAAUGUCUAUGCCAUGGCCAGAACAUCCAAUCUUAAUGAAGAGCUUGGGCAGGUGGAAUACUUAUUCUCUGAUAAGACAGGAACCCUCACUUGCAAUAUUAUGACAUUUAAGAAGUGCAGUGUUGCUGGUAUAAUGUAUGGUCAGUCUCCUUGUUCCAUCUCAGACUCCUAUGAAUUCAAUGACCCAGCAUUGUUGCAGAACUUUGAGAAUGAUCAUCCCACGAAAGAGUAUAUAAAGGAAUUUCUUACUCUGUUGUGUGUGUGCCACACUGUUUUUCCAGAGAGAGAGGGAAACAACAUAAGCUACCAGGCCUCCUCUCCAGAUGAAGCAGCUUUAGUGAAAGGAGCCAAGAAACUUGGCUUUGUUUUCACCGCAAGGAUGCCGAACUCUGUCACCAUAGAAGCUAUGGGAGAAGAACUCACAUUUGAAAUACUUAAUGUACUGGAAUUUUCUAGUAACAGAAAGAGGAUGUCUAUAAUUGUCCGAACUCCUGAAGGACAGCUACGGCUCUACUGCAAAGGGGCCGAUUCAGUGAUUUAUGAGAGACUUUCAGAAAAUUCUCUCUUUGUGGAGGAGACAUUAGUCCAUCUGGAAAAUUUUGCUAAAGAAGGUCUGAGAACUCUCUGUGUUGCCUACAUAGACUUAACUGAAAUAGAGUAUGAGCAGUGGCUGGUCAUGUAUAAGAAAGCCAGCACAGUGGUACAAGACAGAAUACAAAGUCUGGAAGACUGUUAUGAUAGAAUUGAACAGAAGUUCCUACUACUUGGAGCCACGGCUAUUGAGGAUCGCCUUCAAGCACGUGUUCCAGAAACAAUAACAAGUCUAUUGAAAGCGAACAUAAAAAUAUGGGUCUUGACAGGAGAUAAACAAGAAACUGCAAUUAACAUAGCUUAUUCCUGUAAACUGUUAUCAGGUCAAAUGCCUCGUAUCCAAUUGAAUGCAAAUUCAUUAGAGGCAACACAACAGGUGAUUAAUCAGAACUGCCAAGAUCUUGGAGCACUGUUAGGUAAAGAAAAUGACCUGGCCCUAAUCAUAGAUGGUAAAACAUUGAAAUAUGCCCUCCAUGUUGAAGUUAAGAAGUGCUUCCUUAAUUUGGCCCUCUCAUGCAGAACAGUAUUAUGUUGUAGGUUAUCUCCCCUCCAGAAGGCUGAGAUAGUGGAUGUGGUGAAGAAGCAGGUGAAGGCCAUCACCCUGGCCAUCGGGGAUGGUGCCAACGACGUGGGGAUGAUCCAGACGGCCCAUGUGGGUGUGGGCAUCAGUGGGAAUGAAGGCAUGCUGGCCACCAACAACUCUGAUUAUGCCAUUGCUCAGUUUAGCUACUUGGAGAAGCUUCUGUUGGUUCAUGGAGCUUGGAAUUAUUUUCGAGUGACCAAAUGCAUACUGUAUUGUUUCUAUAAGAAUGUUGUGUUAUACAUCAUUGAGCUUUGGUUCGCCAUUGUUAAUGGAUUUUCUGGGCAGAUUAUAUUUGAACGUUGGUGCAUCAGCUUGUACAAUGUGAUUUUCACAUCACUGCCACCCUUUACUCUCGGAAUCUUUGAACGGUGUUGUAGUCAGGAGAGCCUGCUCAGGUACCCACAACUCUACAGAAUUUCUCAGACAGGUGAUAUUUUCAACAUAAAGGUGCUUUGGAUUCAAAGUAUAAAUGCUAUUGUCCAUUCAUUCAUUCUCUUCUGGUUGCCUGCAAAAAUGCUGGAGCAUGAUAUGGUCUCUCAAGGUGGUUACACUACAGACUAUUUGUUUCUUGGAAAUUUUAUAUAUACGUAUGUUGUUGUCACUGUUUGUCUGAAAGCUGGUUUGGAGACGCUGUCUUGGAAUAAAUUUACCCAUUUCGCCAUUUGGGGCAGCAUAAUGAUUUGGCUGGGGUUUUUUGCGGUUUACUCCUCCCUCUGGCCCACUGUUGCUGUUGCUCCUGAGAUGACAGGACAGGUCAAUAUGGCUCUGAUGUGUCCACACUUUUGGCUGGGUUUUUUCAUAGUCCCGAUUGUGUGCCUGAUUCAAAAUGUAGCGUGGAAAUCGAUUAGAAACACCUGCCACAGAACUUUGCUGGAGGACGUUCGGGAGAUGGAAAGCAGUGGAGUUCAGGUGGCUAGAGACCCAGGAUGCUCCGGGAAUCCAGGCGCAAGGAGCGUGCGCAGGUGCGCCGGGCGCGGGGCGGGGCCGGGCCGAGCGGGGAGGAGCGGCGCGCGCUGGGAGGGCGUGGGAGUGCGCGUGGGGUGCAGUCCCCGGUGGUUCACGCAGAGCCGGCGGAUCCUUCCAGUUCGCGAGGCGAACUCCACACCCGACGGCAGGAAGCAGGCUUCCCGAGGCGCUCCCAAAGUUCAAGCAAGGGGCUCCCCCCGGCAGCCACACCCCUUCCCAGCUCCUGAAAAGCCCCCUAAGUUCGCGGCUUCCUGGACUCUUUUUACCAACCCGGUCCCUCCAGCCCCACCAGUUGAGUGCGGGACGCCGGGCCAGCCGGACCUAGGAGAGGACGGGGUAACUGGUUUCGAAAGGGUCGGGGCUCGAACAGAUGCAGGGGCGACUCGGGCGCUGGAGGGGCGAGACCGGCCUUCCCUCCCUCUGUGCACCCCCUUGAGGCCGCAGGUGAGCAGGUCCGCGGCGGGCGGCUACGGGGAGCGGAGACUGAGGUGGGCGCAGGGGUAUGCACAGCUGUGUGCGCUGCACGUGCUUCCGGCAGCCCACCGCCCGCGGCCGCGGGAGUCCAAAGGUGCAGGGCGGGCGGCCGGGGAGGCAGGAGCAGGGGGGGGGGGGGGGGGGGGGGGGGCGGUGGGCCAGCGCGCAUGCGCGUCCGCGGCGCCCGCCCCUCUUAAGAGCGCAGCGCAGCCGCCGGGCCCCAGAGUCGGAGCCGCGCGCGCGGAGUCCCUGCGCUCGGCUUCGUCCGCAGCCCGGGGGGACCAAGACUUCCGUGGGAGGCGCCCGGCUGUGCGCGCUCCCUACCCACCGCCCCCAGCCCCCCGCGAGGGCGCAGAGCCGGCGGAGAAGGAGCGCCAGAGAGAGCUGGCCGCGGCCGGAGAGCAGAGGAGGGGAGCGGGGCGAGCCGCCCGCCUGGAUCCGCGCCCAGCAGCAGCCGCGGCCACCGCCAGCCCGGCCGGCUCCCGGGACCGCGGCGGGGCGCGACGGACCCGCAUCUACGUCCCGGAGCCCGCGAGCGUCUGGAGACCGACCGUCCGGCCGCGGAGCGGAUCGUGGGGGCUGCGGCCGGGUGGUGGGGAGGUGCGCUGCCCGGGUGGCGCGGCCGGAGCCAUGCGGACCGAGCUCGGAGCGCAGAAGGCUGGGCGCGGCCGACCGCUGCACUUGCUGCCCGGAGCCCUGCGCCCGCUGCCCGGCUUCCUGGGCUCUUCUCACCGCCCGCGCGGGGUAUAA